CCUACGGCCGUUCAGUUUAUAAACAGGUUCCACAAUGAACAGUCUUACUUUAGUGCUGCUCACUGCAUUUAUUGUUCUUUGUGCUGCUAAAUAUCGGGGGUUUGAACUCCACGAGUGCCAAGUUAAGGGAUACACGGUUAAAAAUUGCCAACGCAUUGUUUCAAACCAGAAACAUUAUGUGAUACCUUCGAACAAGAAGUUUUUGGAGCAAUCCAGUCUUGCUGGAUUAACGAAAUUAGUGGAUGUCAUUGGUACCCCUGGGGAUUUGGAAGAAAUUGAACCGGGCACCUUUUCAAAUAUACCGAAAUUGAAACGGUUGUGGCUAGGAGGAAAUCAACUCGAAGAUAUCUCUUAUGGUGUGUUCAACGACCUUCCAAUUUACUACAUCUAUUUGUCAGCCAAUAAAAUUAAAAGCAUCGAAGACGAAGCAUUUGGAGGCUUGGAUAACUUGGAAGAAGUUUAUUUGGACAAAAAUUUACUGGAGAGUUUUAAACCCACCUGGUUUACCACAGGCAGGUCCAGUCCUAUAAGGGUGUUAAAUGUGCACCACAACAAAAUUACACGUCUGGACAGAGGAUCGUUUUAUAACUUCCCUGAUUUGGAGCACUUGGACUUCAGCUUCAACGAAAUUAGUUACGUUUCAGCCGACAUCUUUAACAAACCAGUUAAGUUGAUAGAUUUCGAUUUGUCUUUCAAUAAAUUGAAAACUUUGAGCCCAGCAACGUUCAAUCGUGUCAAUAACAUCGACAGACUCUGUAUUUCUUUCAAUUUCCUAAGACAUUUGGAAAUUGACCAGCUCAAAAAGAUGCACAUUGGACACAUCAGUCUUCAUCCGAAUCAGUGGAUGUGCUCGUGCUUGAAAGACGUCGAAUUGAAGCUUCAUAAGAAAUUGAUUGAAAAUACUUCUCCAGAAAAUUUGCUGCAAACCAAACGUUACUCAUCAAAAUAUCAAUCACCUAUGGAUGUUUCUACUAUAUUUUCAAACAUACCGAUUUGUUAUGAAUCUUGGAAAAAGUGCGUUAGUGUGGGUGACAACUUUCAAGACGACAAACAUUUUAAAGAAUUGUUGGAGAAGAAGUACGAUGAAUUUAAUGUUAAAUGUGUGCAAAACAAUGAUUGUGGUAAGGGAAUGUGCAAAUCAAAUUAUUGUUGGUACCCUAUUAGAAAGGCUGUGGUCUUUUCAAACGACGUGUACAGAUUUGAGUGGUACUCUAACAUUAACAGAACCAAAAGUUGUUAUGGAAAAUCAGGAUGUAAAUAAAAGUCUUUCCUAA